AUGUGCACGAUAGAAAGUGACAGCUUCAUUGAGCCCAUCAAAUUUCUGUCCUCUGUGAGGCACGAUUGCAUCAUUGCACUGUGGUAUCCAAUAUUUAGUGCCACCUGGGACGCCGCUCGAUUUGAGUUGCUUACGAGCGCGAACCUUGAUUCCAACGCUGAUUUUUCUUCGGAUGCGAAGACAUCCUCGCGCCUGGAUUGCCAACGAGUGAAAUCCGAUCAACCGAGACUGAGACGCGGCCUCAAUCGCGACCACUGCCGGCAGCCACAUAUAUAUCGCGGUGCGUCAAUUUCGGUCCGGUUCGCCGGCGAGAUCUGGCCUCCGGUCGUCCGCGAUAGUGGAGGCGGCGAUUUCCAGUGUUUGGAUGGUUGCGACGGCCACCGGCGUGGGACAGAGCUUUGCGAUGGAGGAGACAGCGUGUUAAACGGCGGCGAUUCAGAGCUCAACACUUCCGACAGCGAGGCGGCACCUGGCAGACUUCCAGCGGUGAACAUCGGUAAGGCGCUUGCCGACGGGACAUGUGAGGUAUUCAUAUCUUCGUGUAUCUCCAUCGUACUAAAGAACAAGAUGUAUUUCCGGACAUCAUCGACUAUACUAAGGGUCUUCAACACAUCCCAAUCUAGUACUCGAGAGUACGGAAAAGGUCUUGCGGCAAGGCACUUUUCGGGUUUCUGCGCUGGGUUCGAGUCAGAAUGGUCCGAGUCGCUUGAGGUCUCGGGCGGGGUUGAGAUCCUCGCCGUCUUUUUGCCUUUGUCCUUAGCGGGAGGAGCCUUUGGUGCCGUCUUUGUUCUUCCCAUAUUCGGUUUUUGGGGUCAAUCUUUAUCUUUUGAUGUCGAUGAACACUUUUGCUACCAGAUUGUUAUGCACUUGAUUGUUCUACCUUCGGAUCCCUCUAGUAGGAACAUUUGA